CUGAAAUUCGUUUGCGAAUUGGGAUUGAUAGACUUUCCGAUCUCAGGAGGAGGAAGAAGAUUGAGAGACAGUGAGUGAGAAAAAUCACGAUGGUGGCUUCGUCGAGCUCCUGGUCGCAUGCUUUGGUGCAGAUUUCUCCUUACACCUACUCCGCCAUUGGAAUCGCUAUUUCAAUCGGCGUUUCUGUCCUCGGCGCUGCUUGGGGGAUUUAUAUAACAGGAAGUAGUUUAAUAGGUGCUGCUAUCAAGGCUCCUCGCAUAACUUCCAAAAACCUAAUCAGUGUGAUUUUCUGCGAGGCUGUCGCCAUAUAUGGAGUUAUCGUAGCUAUCAUUCUUCAGACAAAGCUUGAGAGUGUGCCUUCUUCAAGGAUGUACGAUGCCGAGUCCCUUAGAGCAGGCUAUGCUAUAUUUGCAUCUGGAAUAAUCGUGGGAUUCGCAAACCUCGUCUGCGGGCUAUGCGUAGGAAUAAUAGGAAGCAGCUGUGCAUUGUCGGAUGCACAAAACUCAACCCUUUUUGUGAAGAUCCUCGUCAUCGAGAUAUUUGGCAGUGCACUCGGACUGUUUGGUGUCAUUGUGGGCAUUAUCAUGUCCGCUCAAGCAACUUGGCCUACCAAGGUGUGAAUCCUAACUCCAUCCGAACCUUUUCAUCGUAUAAUUUCAUUUCAUUUUCAUUUUGCGGGCUGUUAAUACCUAUAUAUAUUAUUGUGUUUUCAUUUUAUUCUUUUUGUCGUUAGUAUGGGGCAUUUUAUGCUAUGGUAUGGUUCUUGUGAUAUUUAUGUAAACCUGUAAGUGGUAAAAACUUGAUGGGUAGAACAAACGAGGGAACUGAAACUCCCAUAUCAUCAUCUCAUGUACGUAUCAAAAACACAAAUUGCUGCCCACUAUUAUUAAUAAGCCUUUUCCCACUUGAA